AUGAACCUCUUCAAUCUCUUUUUUUCCAUCGUCAGCCUCUCCCUCGUCCAGGUUGGCCCGGCGCUCGGCGCGAAAUCCACAGCAACAUCCUUCUGCAAAUGCAUCUGCUUCAACAAUAGCACAAUCAUUGCGUUGAACCCACCUCCUUCUUCAACGAGCGCCUCCGCAAUCCAUAAUCUCGACAUUAGAUCUCCGCGCCCACUAGCAGCGGGUGGGGAAUCUGAUUCCAACCACGAAUCCGGGAAAGAAAAGGAGCCCGCAGCACCCUCACGACCACACCACCAACUCACCUGCGCAGAUUGCACGCGGGCCUUCUGCCUCGAUUAUAACCUGCCGAUCUGCAAGAAUGCGCGGGACGAAGAUGUCUUCACGACGUGUUUCCAGCGGGACUCCCUCAAAGACGAAACCGUCGUCGUGAUAUUCAUCUUCGCCACAGCCGGACUGUUGGCCUGGGCAAUUGUAAAGCCCUGGAUCGAUCGGUUGAGGGAGAAGAAUACGUUUACGCCAUUGCUGCAACACGACCGAAGCGAUCGGCAACGUUACACUUCCAAUGCACGAGCACGGAAUGCGCAAAGGAACCCCAAAAGUAGAAGCGGGAAUGGAAAUGGAAAUGGAAAUGGGAUGGAAUCACGCAGGGGAGGAGGACAAACUUCCGCCAAUGUCCCCUAUGAUGAAGAUACGCAUGCAGACCAAGAUGCCAUGGACAUAGUCUCCGGCAUGCCGUCCGGAUCAGGCUCUCGUCCCUGA